AUGGUCCAGCUCACCAUCACGUUCACGAUCCAGCUUACCAUCACGUUAAAGGUCCAGCUCACCAUCACAUCCAGCUCACCAUCACGUAAAAGGUCCAGCUUACCAUCACGUAAAAGGUCCAGCUCACCAUCACGUAAAAGAUCCAGCUCACCAUCACGUAAAAGAUCCAGCUCACCAUCACGUAAAAGGUCCAGCUCACCAUCACGUAAAAGGUCCAGCUCACCAUCACGUAAAAGGUCCAGCUCACAUCACGUAAAAGGUCCAGCUCACCAUCACGUUAAGAUCCAGCUCACCAUCACGUCCAGCUCACCAUCACGUAAAAGAUCCAGCUCACCAUCACGUAAAAGGUCCAGCUCACCAUCACGUAAAAGAUCCAGCUCACCAUCACGUAAAAGGUCCAGCUUACCAUCACAUACAAGGUCCAGCUCACCAUACCGUUCACGAUCCAGCUCACCAUCACGUAAAAGGUCCAGCUCACCAUCCCGUAAAAGGUCCAGCUCACCAUACCGUUCACGAUCCAGCUCACCAUCACGUAAAAGAUCCAGCUCACCAUCACGUUCACGAUCCAGCUCACCAUCACGCAAAAGACCAAGCUCACCAUCACGUUCACGAUCCAGCUCACCAUCACGUAAAAGGUCCAGCUCAACAUCACGUUCACGAUCCAGUUCACCACCACGUAAAAAGUCCAGCUCACCAUCACGUUCACGAUCCAGCUCACCAUCACGUAAAAGGUCCAGCUCAACAUCACGUUCACGAUCCAGUUCACCAUCACGUUCACGAUCCAGCUCACCAUCACGUAAAAGGUCCAGUUCACCAUCACGUAAAAGAUCCAGUUCACCAUCACAUACAAGCUCACCAUACCGUUCACGAUCCAGCUCACCAUCACGUAAAAGGUCCAGCUCACCAUCACGUAAAAGGUCCAGCUCACCAUACCGUUCACGAUCCAGCUCACCAUCACGUAAAAGGUCCAGCUCACCAUCACGUAAAAGGUCCAGCUCACCAUCACGUAAAAGGUCCAGCUCACCAUCACGUUCACGAUCCAGCUCACCAUCACCCAAAUGGUCCAGCUCACCAUCACGUUCACGAUCCAGCUUACCAUCACGUUAAAGGUCCAGCUCACCAUCACGUAAAAGAUCCAGCUCACCAUCACGUAAAAGGUCCAGCUCACUAUCACGUUCAAGAUCCAGCUCACCAUCACGUUCACGAUCCAGCUCACCAUCACGUAAAAGCUCACCAUCACGUAAAAGGUCCAGCUCACCAUCACGUUCACGAUCCAGUUCACCAUCACGUAAAAGAUCCAGCUCACCAUCACGUAAAAGGUCCAGCUCACCAUCACGUAAAAGGUCCAGCUCACCAUCACGUAAAAGGUCCAGCUCACCAUCACGUUCACGAUCCAGCUCACCAUCACGUAAAAGGUCUAGCUCACCAUCACGUAAAAGGUCCAGCUCACCAUCACGUUCACGAUCCAGCUCACCAUCACGUAAAAGAUCCAGCUCACCAUCACGUUCACGAUCCAGCUCACCAUCACGCAAAAGACCAAGCUCACCAUCACGUUCACGAUCCAGCUCACCAUCACGUAAAAGGUCCAGCUCAACAUCACGUUCACGAUCCAGUUCACCACCACGUAAAAAGUCCAGCUCACCAUCACGUUCACGAUCCAGCUCACCAUCACGUAAAAGGUCCAGCUCAACAUCACGUUCACGAUCCAGUUCACCAUCACGUUCACGAUCCAGCUCACCAUCACGUAAAAGGUCCAGUUCACCAUCACGUAAAAGAUCCAGUUCACCAUCACGUUCACGAUCCAGCUCACCAUCACGUUCACGAUCCAGCUCACCAUCACGUUAA